CUUCCUCUCACGCAUACAUCCAAGCGCACAUUAACACACGCACAAGCACUUACACUGGUAUGGUGUAAGCACUUUUUAUAGGGGUGAUAUGUUUUUUAAAAUGAUCAAUAAUAGAUGGUUAGUGUCGUUGGUCCUAUAUUUGUAUAUGUAAGCUUAUUCCUGCACGGCAAACGGAUCCGCAAAAUAUGCUAGGUCCUGCAGUGCAAACAAAUGUCUGGACAACAACAAUGAACAUUUAAGGAAUUUUAUUACACGGAGAGAAUGAAGAUAAAACGGAAUUGUCACUCAUAACGCGCAGCAGGCCUUUAUUUGUCCACAGCAAACCGGGAUAGUAUUGUAGCUUUGUGUAGACCCAGAUGCCUCCACUCCCUCUUGGCGAGCGCAUAGUGGUUAUUCAGCGCCCUAAAAACUUGGCCCUACGUGGGUCCACCCCACAGACCACACCACAGCCUCACUCCCAUAUAACAGCCCUCAGCAACAAACCUCUCUCCCGCCCUUCUCAUCCCCACCCUCCUCAGUCCCACCCUAAUCCUACAUCCCCGAACUCACUGUCUUUGGAAUGCAAGAGCAGAUCAUCAUCCCGUCUGCAGAAAACCAAGGGCGACAAGGCCAUUGUCUCAGAGGGUGUCAGACACACCCCUAGCCACUGUCACAGCAACGGGACCGUGACUCUUGGCCCUAGACCCCACCAACACACACACACCAUCGACAUCAAGUUAUCCGUGAACAAAGGAAUAAAAGGAGGAGGAGGGCACAGCAACACUUUAGGUCGCAGUGGGAGUGUGAAGGUUGGCAAGAAAAGGGUCUCGUUGUGCUUGGAUCCAGGAUACGGGGAGAGAAAAGCUGGGGGAACAUCAGGGAAGCCUGGUGGAGCAGUGCAGCAACUCCAAAACCACCCACAGAACCAGAUCAAGGCCUCACGAGGCAGUCACCAUCAGAAUCAUCUGGCUGUGUCCCCAGGAGGGGUUCUAGAGUUUGUCCCAGCCAAGAGACAGCAGUCCAAGUCCAGAAGAGAGAAGGCGCAGGACGCGUCCUCCAAAGUCUGCUCUGCCAGCUUCCCCCCCAGAGGUGCCCGGGAAGUGCCCUGCGUGGGUAACAAAGAGAAUUCCAAACUGGGACCUGUCCAUCAAAACCCCAACCCCCACAGCCUGCCCCACCACCACAACUCUGUCCCUGUGCCCCAUGCCUCCGUCCUAAACUCCCAUUACCCUGCUUCCCCUUCCUCCCACCAACCCUGUGCUUCUACCUCGUUCCAGCAACCCCUCAACCAGCCCCGUCCAUCCCGCGGCAGGGACCAUCGCCCUCAGAUCCUCCACGGCCUACCCUUCUCCCCCUGUUCCUCCCGUGGAGGUUUCCCCAGCCCAGACCACACCUGUACCAUCGACUUCUCCCAUCCCUUCAGCUGUGGCUGCUGGAAGCUGGUCCGCUGCAGGGGGGCCAGGGGACGUUCUGCUGGCUGCCAGGGGGGUGGGGGGAGUCCAUUGUCCUCUUUUUCCUGCGCCCACGGCCACGGGGUUGGAGGGGUGAACCAUAGAGGAGGCUCAGCAAUGGGUUUAAGAACUCUGGGGGGAUGUUUGUCCACAGCCUCCACCACCAACACCUCAUCCUCCAACAGCACUGUGUCGGACUGCCGGACGGGCUUGCUCAGACCCCUGCGGUGUGCCUCCUGCUCCAGGGAGGCUGGCGCCUUUGAGAGUCCUGCUGCAUUCCGCAAAAAACUGGUGGGGGGAUGCCUGCCCUGUACCCCACUAUCCUCCUCAGCCCCGCUGCGAGCCUUACAGAGUUGUGUGAGUGGCUGCAACCCCAAAGCCAGUCAGGGUGGCAGCUCUACCUGCAGUUAUUGUAGCAGCGACCCUAUAGUGGUGACCUUCAACCCCCGCCGUAGCGGCAAGCCCCCCGGAUUGGGCAGGGGUGUAGGGGCAGGGCACCCCAUGGGAGUAUUCCCCGCUGAUGAUGAUGAUUACAGUGUGCGCACAAUCUGGCCCGAGGAGCUGUCGAAGAAGAUGACCAGGUCUAAAACCCAACAGAACCACCAGAGCUGUGCCGGGAUGGGAGUGGGGAAGACAUGUGCCGGUCAGAACCAGAACAGCAGCAACGGAACCAGCCCUGUCAUCCUGGACUGUAGGAACCUGUUGGAGUUCACCCGGAAUCAGAUAACAGACCACGCUGGCCGCCGCCGGCUUCAGCAAGGCAAGAUGGCCGUCCUGGAUUUCAUUGGGUCUGGGUCUGGGUCUGGGCGAGAUCCGGGCCGGGACUCCCUGAAGAGGCUCUGGAACAAAGGUGGGGAGACAGGGAUGGUGGAUGGCAUGGGGCAGGAAGACGAUAUGGCAUACCCUCGCACCCCCUCCCCCCGCUCCCCCUCUCCCCAAUCCCCUUCUUCCUUCUCAACAGCACCGUCAGCUCCCAGCACUCUCCUCAAACCCAAACCCAGACAGAGAGAUGCAGAGGGACGGCAUUCCCUCCCCUCCGCUCAGUCCCUCCACCUGGUCCUAAACUCACUCAACAGAGAGCAGGACGAGGAGAACGGCAGAGUGCACCUCACUCUGCCGCUCUCCUCCUCGCUCCCGGCCUCCCUGUCAGAUGAGAGUGGGAUGACCCCUGACGUGGAGAACGCGGUGGUCAGCCCCAUCCUGCCCUUCCUCUUCCUGGGCAACGAGAGGGACGCCCAGGACCUGGACCUACUGAUGCGUCUCAACAUCGGCUACGUGGUCAACGUCACCACACACCUGCCCCUCUACCACCUCGGCUCCUGCCUGGUGCGCUACAAACGGCUGCCGGCUACCGACAAUAGCAAGCAGAACCUGCGUCAGUACUUUGAAGAGGUGUUUGAGUUCAUUGAGGAGGCUCACCAGAGUGGGCGAGGAGUGUUGGUGCACUGUCAAGCGGGCGUGUCCCGCUCGGCAACCAUCGUCAUCGCCUACCUGAUGAAGCACACCCUCAUGACCAUGACUGAUGCCUACAAGUACGUGCGGGGCCGUCGUCCUGUGGUGUCUCCCAACCUCAACUUCAUGGGUCAGCUACUGGAGUUUGAGAGGGACCUCAACUCCGGGGUCACUCCUCGCAUCCUGACCCCCAAACUCAGCGGCCUGGAGACCCAGGUCUGAGAGUGGGAGACGGAUUAGAGGGACAGAAUGGAGGGCUGGAGGAAACCCGCAUUGGGCCAGCCAUAGUUUUGUGUAGGAGAAAUUAAAGGUAGAAUGAUGAAGAGGGAAACGCUGAUUGACAGAUUGGCAUAGAUGAUGAAUUGAUGAUUGAAAUAGUGCACUUUUAUAGAUUAUGGGAGAAAUUAUUUGAUUGGUUAUUUUAUAAAUAGGCUCAUUUCUGGCCAACCCGAUCCUCAUCCAAUACCAUAUGUAAUUUUGCCAAUUUUUAUAUAAUGCUUAGAUAUCUGGCAGAUAGGGGGGCAGAUAGCCUAACGGUUAAGAGCGUUGGGCCAGUAACCAAAAGGUCGCCGAUUAGAAUCCCAGAGCCGAC